AUGGAUAUACCCAUCACUUUCUUCGAGAAACUGGCGGCGCGCCCGCCAUCCGUCGUCGUUUUGCGUCGCCCCUGUUUCUCCCCCCCAAGGCCUCCUCGCCCCUUCUCCGACAAGCCUGUGUUGGGGGAAGAACAGAAUAAGGGACGGACCAACGGGGAUGCUUUGGUGAGGGACAGCCUUGCUUUGGAGUAUCAGAAACCCUGGGAUACCCUCUUUGAGAUUGGUGUUCUCUUGGCGGCUUGUGAUGGUUUUUUUGCUUUUGCUUUUCUCGUCGAUUGGGAGCGAAAAAAAAGGGCGCUCGGGCGGCUGGGCUGGUGGACAGCUCUCUCUGGUUUUUUUGGUACCCAUCUGGUGACUGCGCUGCCUCAUUGA